AUGUCUGAAGAAGAUACUAAGACAAAAAAAGUUGAUCAACGUUCAAACAAUGGUACUAAUUAUAAGUUUUCAUUAAUUAGUAUAUUGAUUGCUAUUGUUUCAAUCUUUGUCAUCUACUAUAAGCAAAAUUCAAAUUUAACUAUUGAUGAAAAUACAUGUGGAGAAAUUUGUAAUAAUGUUAAUAAAGGAAUUGAUUCAACUGUAGUUACCACUGAAACUGUUACCACUGAAAAAAUUAUAACUUCUGUUAUCACUGAAGCUGGUCCUGUUGUGACUAAAGUUAUUACUGAAGAAAACAAUGUCAAAAGAUCAACUGAACAACAGGAUGAUAAUGAUGAUAUAGUUUAUCUUGAUUUAGAAGGUACUUCAAAAAUGAUUAAUCUAAUCCGUCCUGAUGACUAUCAAAUGCCAGCUUCUGAUGUUGCUCAAGGUGUCGUUCAUCCAGAAGAUGAUGGUAUUAGAGAAAAUGCUGUUUUAGUUACAUUAUGUAGAAAUAGUGAUUUAUUGAAUCUUCAAAAAACCAUUAGAGAUAUUGAAGAUAGAUUCAAUCAUAGAUACCAUUAUGAUUGGGUCUUUUUAAAUGAAGUCGAGUUCAGCGACGAAUUCAAAAGAGUCACUUCAGCUUUAUGUUCUGGUAAGACUAAAUAUGGUUUAAUCCCAGAAGAACAAUGGUCUGAACCAGAUUAUAUCGAUGUUGAAAAAUUUGAAAAGAUUCGUGAUGAAAUGUUCGAUAAUGAAGUCUUAUAUGGUGAAUCAAUUCCAUAUAGACAUAUGUGCAGAUACCAAGCUGGUUUCUUCUGGCAACAUCCUCUAUUAGAUGAAUACGAUUACUAUUGGAGAGUCGAUUCUGAUGUUAACAUCUUCUGUAAUAUCCCAUAUGAUAUAUUUAAAUUUAUGAGGGUUAACCAAAAGAAAUAUGGUUUCAUUUUAUCCCUAACAGAAUACGAAACUACUAUCCCAACAUUAUGGAAACAUGUGAAAGGAUUCCUUGACGAACACCCUGAAUACAUCAAUGACAACAAUUUAAUUGAUUUCAUUUCUGAUGAUGAUGGUGAAACUUUCAAUGGUUGCCAUUUUUGGUCUAAUUUCGAAGUUGCCGAUUUGAAUUUCUUCAGAUCCCAAGCAUACCAAGAUUUCUUUGAAUACUUGGAUAAUACUGGUAAUUUCUUUUAUGAAAGAUGGGGUGAUGCACCAAUCCAUUCCAUCGCUGCUGCAUUCUUCCUGGAUAGAUCCGAAUUCCAUUUCUUUGAUGGUUUAGGAUUUUACCAUCCAGAUUUCUUAUCCUGUCCAACUGAAGAAAAUAUUAGAAUUCAAAACCAAUGUACAUGUGAUCCAGAGAAAGACGUUACUUGGUGGACUUUUUACUUUUGUACAAGACAAUAUUUUAGAAUCAAUGAUUAUGAGUUACCACCGGAUGUCAGUCCAAUUUAA